AUGGCUCGUAGUGGGAUUCUUACUUACGUGGGAACACUGGUAAUAAGCGCGGUAUUUAUUGUGGCGCUUCCUGCUCCUAGUCCCCCAGAUGUUCCGACUGCAUCAACGGCCCAGGAUGAACUAUCUGGCUUGACAGUUGCGCCGCAGGGCUCCCAAGAUGGCUAUUCCCGGGCCAAAUUCCCUCACUGGAUUACUCAAAGCGGAACAUGUGAUACCCGCGAGGUUGUCCUCAAGCGAGAUGGAGUGGACGUAGUACAGAGUUCUAGUUGUGCUGCGACUAGUGGAACAUGGUAUUCACCAUAUGACGGAGCAACAUGGACCGAGGCUAGUGAUCUUGAUAUCGAUCACCUUGUUCCGUUAUCCAAUGCCUGGAAGUCUGGUGCAUCUGAGUGGUCUACCAGUGACAGAAAGGCUUUUGCGAAUGAUCUUACUCAUCCGCAGUUACUGGCUGUUACAGAUAAUGUGAACUCUGCCAAAGGCGAUAGUGGCCCAGAGAGAUGGAAACCCCCUCUUUCGUCUUACUACUGCACGUACGCGGAGAUGUGGGUCAGAGUCAAGUCGGUCUAUAAUUUGACUAUCACGGAUGACGAGAAAUUUGCUCUGGUGAGCAUGUUGGAUACUUGCUAG